AUGUUCUGUCCUAAAUUGCAUACCAAAUUUACCCUUCACAGGCCAUCGUUUCUUGCCGCCAUUUUUGUCAACAGUUCAUCAGUUUCUCCACCGUUCUUCCAUUUCUCUCCAAUCAAAAACUCAUCGAUUCUCCAAUUCUCUCUCCAUUAUUCAUCCACCCUUCUUCAAGAAUUCACCACGUACACCGUUCAACAACCGAACAAUGCAUCCCAUAUUACCUCAAGAACUCGCGCAGAGUUUCCCCACGCACCCCACUCGCUCGACGAAGUGCCUCACAGAAGAUAUCAAAGUUCCGAACACACCCUCUUACGGGACGUGUUCAAGAUUCUCCAGCUCGUCAUGCGAGAACCGAGCAUCUCAAACGCCGCGAUGGUGCACGCGUUGGCUGCGAAACAAGGCGCUCUCGGAGAUUUGUACGUCGCCACUUCUCUCGUCACUGUUUACUCAAGAAGCAAGGCGCUUACCUCAUCAAUAGCUUUGUUCGGUGAAGUUGUUGACAGAGAUAUUGUUUUAUGGAAUGCUAUGAUGAGUGCAUGCACAGAGAAUCGAGCUUUUCGAGCCGCAAUCGAUUUGUUCACGAAAAUGGUGAACCAGGGGAAUGGUUUUGACCCCACCACUCUCGUUAUAGUAAUAUCCGCUUUUUCCGAUUUGAAAAAUCUUCGACAAGGUCAGAUUAUUCAUGGGAUGAGCAUUACAGCAGGGAUGCUUUCGGACACAGUCUUGAGCAACUCUCUGAUCGAUAUGUAUUCAAAAUGCGGCAACUUGACUUCGUCGGAGCGUAUGUUCUCAUCGGUGGAAUUUAAAGACAUUGUCACAUGGAAUUCGAUAAUCAGUGGCUGUUUCUACAACAGCCAUCCUUACAAGUCCCUGUUAUAUUUCAGACACAUGGCUUCGCUCGAGAAUCGAGCCGACCACAUGAGUAUUUCUUGCGCAAUGGCGGCUUGUACUUCUCUGCAAGAGUUCGACAUCGGCUUGGCCAUCCAUGGAUGGGGAAUCAAAUUGGGAUAUUCCGAGAGCAGCUACGCUUCGGUUUCCAACUCUCUUAUUUCGUUCUAUUUUCAACUUAAAGAUAUAGACGCGAUAGAGUCAGUUUUUAAUGGAAUGGCGGUGAAAAAUGUGGUGUCUUGGAAUACGAUGAUUAAGGGGUUUUUCUUGAUCGGUGAAGCCGAAGAAGCGUUUAUUCUUUUACGUGAUAUGCAGUUUGCGGCACUUAUACAACCAGAUAUUGCAACUAUGGUUACCGUGAUUCCGUUCUGUGCUGAAUUAGUGCUUCCACGAGAAGGAAAAGCUGCACACGGAUUUAUUGUGCGAAGAGAAAUGGCUUCGGAAUUAUCGGUUGUGAAUUGUCUAAUUAAUAUGUAUUCAAAAUGCAGUAAUAUCGAAAAAGCAGAGUAUUUAUUCUCCACCAUGCCGAAGAAAGACUCGGUAGCGUGGAAUACUAUGAUAUUCGGGUAUGCCUACAACGGGCAAUCUUUGGAAGCUCGUAUUUUAUUCAAGAAAAUGACGGGUUUUUGUAAAAAUUGCACCUUGCCGACUCUAUUGGCUAUUGUUCCAUCUUGUGAUUCUCCGGAUUCGAUUCGAUUCGGAAGAUCGAUUCAUGGUUGGGGAAUAAAAUUGGGAUUUACGAGCCAGCUUUUCGCUCUAAAUUCACUCAUCCACAUGUACAUUAAUUGUGAUGCUCCAUCGGAUGCUUUUGCGUUGUUCGAGAGUAUUUCGACCAGAGUCGAUGUGACUAGUUGGAACACUAUAAUUGUUGGAUGCACUCAGAAAGGCCAUUUCUCCGAAGCUUUACGAUAUUUCGACUCGAUGAGAAAAGCAUCGCAAAUCCGAUUCAAUCCCGUAACUCUUGUAAGUGUUUUAUCAUCUUGUGGGAAUCUCGGUUUAUCAUUACAAGGAAAAAUAACUCACGGGCUUGCUCUCAAAACCGGAAUGUCCAGUCACACGCGCGUGCAGAAUUCGCUAGUGACUAUGUACGGAAGACUAGGCGAUUCCGAGAGCGCCACGUCAGCGUUCCACCUCAGCGAAGACCGCAACCUAUGUUCUUGGAACUGCGCGAUAUCCGCCAUGUCGCAAAACGAGGAUGCGAGAAGAGCGUUGGAAUUAUUCCGUUCGCUCGAUUUCGAGCCGAACGAGAUCACAGUGUCCACGGUUCUUUCUGCGUGCAGCCAUCUUGGAGCGGUGAGUGUAGGGAAGCAAAUACACGCGCAUGUAUUUAGAUUCCGUUUCGAACGGAAUAUUUAUAUAUCGGCUGCACUCAUUGAUAUGUACAGCAACUGCGGAAGAUUGGAAGUUGCAGAACGGGUUUUCCGAAGCUCGCCGAAUAAGUCGGUUUCCGCAUGGAAUUCGUUAAUAAUGGCGUACGGGUCCCACAGCAUGGGUUCGAAGGCUAUCGAGACUUUCGAAGCGAUGGUGGGGCUCGGUAUUCGUCCGACAGGUGGCACUUUCACGAGCCUUCUCUCGGCUUGCAGCCAUGCAGGGAUGGUUGAAGAAGGUCGAUUGUACUACGAGUGUAUGCUGAAGGAGUACGGAGUGGUGCCUUGUGUCGAGCACCGUGUGUGUAUGGUGGAUAUUCUGGGACGUUCCGGAAGGAUCCGGGAGGCGUAUGAUUUUGUCCGGGAGCUUCCGGAAGGAGGCGAGGAGGCGGGGGUGUGGGGGGCGCUUUUGAGCGCGUGUGGGUAUUAUGGAGAAGUUGAGAUUGGGAGAGAAGUUGCAGAGGUGCUGUUUGGAUUGGAACCUGAAAAUGUGAGUUAUUAUGUGGCUUUGUGUAAUAUGUAUGUUGCUGUCGGAAAAUGGGAGGAAGCUGUUGAGUUGAGAAGUAGAAUACAGGAUAAACAGUUGAAGAAACAGGUUGGUUUUAGUUUUAUUGAUGUUGGUUUGAGGUGA